AUGUUACGCCACCUGUCAACCUAUCUUUUUCUCACCAGAGGUAUGGUUUGUUUUCCUCUUUCCUUUUAUGAUGCUCAAGUGCUUGGCACCCGUGCUUCAACAUUGACUGCUCGGACAACGACUACGGCAGCUUCUGAUCCUGUAAUAGAACGAUUGUCAGCGUUCGGUGCUUAUGUAGCCGAAUGCCUACCUAAGUACGUCCAGGAAGUUCGUGUGGGUCACGUGAAGGAAUUGGAAAUCUGCAUUCAUCCUGAUGGAGUGGUUCCUGUUCUGUCUUUCCUAAAAAAUCAUCAUAACGCACAAUUUGUCAACUUAUCUGAUAUCACUGCCAUUGAUGUCCCAAGCAGGCAGUAUCGCUUUGAGAUAGUCUACAAUCUGCUGUCUCUGCGCUAUAAUUCACGAAUUCGUGUGCUUACCUAUACGGACGAGGUUACACCGAUCGAUACAUCGUGUUCUGUAUUCCAAGCAUCCAACUGGUACGAACGUGAAGUCUGGGACAUGUAUGGCGUGUAUUUCGCCGACCACCCAGAUUUGAGACGAAUACUUACGGACUAUGGAUUUCAAGGGCACCCGCAAAGAAAAGAUUUCCCUCUCUCAGGCUAUACAGAGAUGCGUUUUGACGAUGAGUACAAACGAGUCGUAAUUGAACCGGUGGAAUUGACGCAGGAAUUUCGCAAAUUCGAGUUCAAAAGUCCUUGGGAAACUUUUCCAGCGUUUCGCGACCCCAAUGAAGCUAACAAGGCCAAACUACUAGAAGACAAGAAGGCUGAUCAAGUGGCAGAGAAACCAAAAAUCAAAGACAAAUGAAACCGUCAUCUAUUAUUUCUGCUGUUUGGAUAGCCUUGUUGAGUACCGAAUAAAACUUAGUCACCUA